GUUUGUACAAUUUGUUCGCCUAAAACAAAAAUAUACACCAAAACAAAGAUUUAAAUAAAGUGAAUAACUGCGCAUUACACCAUAAAUAUGUAAAAUACGUUGCAAAUCUGAUUACUGCUUACGCUCUGAUUGUUUGUAACAUUGGAGAGUUAACUGUUCCAACCAAAAAAGAUUCGAUCUUAUUCAGCAGAUUCAAGCGCCGUUAUUCGAAAUGUUGGACGAAACCGAUCAGAAGGAUGACGCCCGAGUGCAGAAACAUCACACUAUGCCAAUACCAGUUCAACAGAACGUUCACUUCAAAAGCACAACCGAAUACUCCGGCGGUCUUAUGGCCAACAAUUACAAUAAGCUGCAAAUGCAACUUAACACCCGAUAUAUAUCACAGAUAUCAUGUCCGCGCCGGAUUCGUGUUUCACUGCCACACGUUCGCGUGUGUCCAUACAUCGUUCCACAGCGCUCACGAACCAAAAGCGAAAACUCGGACACAUCGAGCCUAAUGAAUUUGGAAACUUGUCCAGCCAGUGAUGCCGUCCGAACCAGUCUGAACUGCAGCCUCAUGAUGGAAACCUGUGAUCCAUCCUUUUCGCAGAUGGACACUUCAAACCAACAGCAGCAACUGAUUGCGAGCAUGCCUGAGAGGCGUAAUACGCUCGUCAAAUCAAAAUCGCUAGAAAAUUUGGCUCAGGUUGCGCGCCCAAUCGACGGGUCACAACCUUCGCAUGAGAUGGAAUUUGUCUCUAGUCGCAUCCAAAAAUUGAAGGUGCAGGAAUAAUGCAUCAGGCAUAAUUUUUACUUAUUACGUAGAACACAACUCGACAACAUGCAUUGUCGAUUUUAAAAUACGUGCUUUUAACACGAAAAAUGACCGAUACUGAUAGGGUUAAGCCUGUUGUGUAUAAGCUUUUUAGCAGAAGGAUUUUUACUACCGUAUAACAAUAAGAGUCACUAAAUGCUGUUUAGCAGCAUCUUUACACUAGAGAAAAAGUGAACCAACCGUACACGGAAUGUAGAGAAAUAUUGCCACUGGUUACCUUAAUUAGUGCAAUUUUUAACUAGUUUGUUUUUCAUUGGUGGCAGAAUUUCAGAUCCGGAGCAGGCGCUCGCGUUUCGAUUCCUGUAAUGAGUGAACUAUUUAUUUCAAUAAAUUUAUAGAAAGAAACUACUGUGGUUUCCACAGUAGGUUACGUUUUAUGAGUUAUGAGCAAAA